ACUGGCCCGCCACCCAGUGGGGGAGGUGUGUGUGUGUGUGUGUGUGUGUGUGUGAGAGAGAGAUCUCUUAAGGUGAGAGGCAGAGAGUUCGACGGGUAGGAGGGUCUUAUUCCACUCCCCAGCGCCCAGUUCCAGCACACACUCAUCCUGGACACGCUCACACACUCACAUGGGCCUGCGGACGCGCGCAGUGAUUGUCGAUUGCAGGAGAAAGUGUGUGUUGUGUAGGUGAGUGUGACUGAACUGUGAGUGAUGGAUCUCUUGCAGUAGAAGGGAGAACUUGUACAGACAGGAGCUGAUGGAAUGGCAAACUUCUCAGAAACACUGGAAACUUCAGUUUGAUCAAAAUGUCUGAGGCUAUUUGCUGCACGGUGUUGAACUGCAACUGUGACAGUUUCAAACCUGGUAAACUGAGGCGGCGUCUCUGUGAACACUGCAGGCACGGCUGGGUCGCCCAUGCCCUGAGUAAGCUGAAGGUUCAUCACAUGUACCAAGGAAGCCAGGUGGAGAUUGUUCACUCCAAUGUGGUAUUUGAUAUCUGUAGUCUGAUGCUUUAUGGGACGCAAGCAAUUCCAGUGCGUCUUAAGAUAUUGCUGGACCGACUCUUCAGUGUUCUUAAGCAGGAGGAGGUUAUUCAGAUCCUAAAUGCACUGGACUGGACUCUCCAGGACUACAUUCGUGGUUACGUACUUCAGGAUGUGGCCGGUAAGGUAUUGGACCGCUGGGCCAUAAUGACCUUUGAAGAGGAGAUCGUUACGCUGCAGCAAUUCCUGCGCUUCGGAGAGACCAAGUCCAUUGUGGAGCUCAUGGCGCUGCAGGAUAAGGAGGGACAGGCAGUCAUAGUCCCAACCACAAGAACCAAUUCUGACAUCCGCAGCUUCAUCGAAAGCAGUACGCAGAGGCCUGUGCGUCUGCCAGCUAAAGCUGAAGAACCUGGUUGCAGUAACGGACACCAUUUUGAAACACUGGUGAACAGUAUGGCCCUCAUGCUGCCCCUGCAAAUGCUGAAUUCUGUUCAGGCACCAUUGCUAAGCUCCAGUACUGAUUCUAGCCACCAGGAGGCACAGAUGAGACAUGAGACAUCCGAAGUGAGCCUUGAUGGCGGUGGCCCGUUUGACCCAAUGAGAUCAGAGGGUCUGAUGGACACAGAAUCUCCAAAGAUAGAGUCAGAAGAGUUUAACGUGAGUGGAAACUCCUCUCCCUCCACGCCUUGCACACCCUCCAUCACUUCUGAAAUCGCACACAUGUCUCCUGAGAACAAGGUGCGGUGUGGAGAGAAGAGCGGAUCCUUGAAGAAGGGCCGUGUGUUCUGCAGUGCCUGCGAGAAGACCUUUUAUGAUAAAGGCACGCUGAAAAUACACUAUAACGCUGUUCAUCUGAAGAUCAAACACAAGUGCACCAUCGAGGGCUGCAACAUGGUCUUCAGCUCCUUACGUAGUCGGAACAGGCACAGUGCUAAUCCGAACCCUCGGCUGCACAUGCCUAUGAACCGCAAUAAUCGUGACAAGGACCUGCAGGGUGAUCUGAGCCCGAGAGAGGAGGAUGGAGCCGAGGGUGAGAAGAGAGACUUUGCUGCCAUCCCAGAGAGCAGGACUGUCUCAAGUUUCAUCAUCCGCAACUCAGAGCACAAGCUCCAUGGCUCUUUAUCCAGCAUGAGCCAGAGCGGCAUCCUCUUUCCCAAUCUAAAGACUGUGCAACCUGUGCUUCCCUUUUAUCGGAGCCUGGUGACCCCAGCUGAGCUAGCUCAUACACCGGGCAGCCUGCCCUCUCUCCCACUUCUGUCUUCCUCAGUGCCCGUGAGCACCAGUCAUAUGCAGACCAGUUCAGAUCAGAUGCCUAAGAAGAAGUCUAGAAAGUCCAGCAUGCCUAUCAAAAUUGAGAAGGAUGAGCUGGCAGCUGAAGGUGUGUCUGAGGAAGAGAAUCCAGCCCUCAGCCCCUGUAUAGACACAGAAAAGUGUGACAUUAGCAGCAUGGGGCACGAACCUGUGGACUGUGGCUUUCGAUUCGGGCCUGACUCACAGGACACAGAAUGGGACAAACUGACUCAGGCAGACAAUCAUAUCGUCUCACUGUCAUCUACUUCUUUCUUUCACACUAAACAGAAUGAUGAGAAAGAAAGGGAGUCAUCAAAAUGUGAAGAACAAGCAUGCAGUUCACGGCCAGACCAGCCCUGUGGCCACCGACCUGCCCAUUUCACACACAUCAGUGAAAACUGUGCAGACGGCUGCAAUGACCCAGAGACAAUAUGUCCAGAUGAUAAAGACGAGCAGCCACACCCGUGCCAGAUCUGCAGUAAGACAUUUAAAAACCCUUACAGUGUCAAAAUGCAUUAUCGAAAUGUGCAUUUAAAGGAGAUGCACAUGUGCACUGUGGAUGGCUGCAAUGCUGCUUUUCCAUCCCGUCGCAGCAGAGACAGACACAGUGCAAACCUGAAUCUGCACAACAGGCUGUUGACCAAAGAUCAUUCAGGGGCAUUUUCUCUCUGCAGAGAGCAUCCAGACCUCCCUCACAAAGAGCCGCUCAGCCAGAUGUCUGUUAUCCUCAAAGAGAGUCACCGUACAGGCCUCGUCUACCCCAUGAGUAAAUCGCUGGAUAGAGCAUCUGAGCCAGUAAAGGGCGCCGUGGAGAAUGAAGUUGUACUGGACUUGAGCACCAGAGCGAGCGCCCAUUCCUCCUGGGACUCAGACGUGGGCAGUGAGGAAGGGCUCCCCCUGGAGGACAGUGACGAGAGCUGUGACGGGCUGAGCGUCAGAGCGGCUGCGUCUCCGCCUUGCCUCAGUCAGCAGAUGAACGGCUCAUCACCCAUCACCUGCCAUCUCUGCCAGAAAGUUUACAGCAAUAAAGGCACAUUCAGGGCUCAUUACAAAACGGUGCACCUUCGCCUUCUUCACAAGUGCAAAGUUCCAGGGUGUGACACUACAUUUUCCUCGGUUCGGAGUCGCAACAGACACAGUCAGAAUCCAAAUCUACACCGCAACCUUGCAAUGAAUACCUCCCUGAAUCAAGAGUAGGGCACACACUCAGAGCCAUAUCUCCUAAAUAUACAUAGUCAAAGAUUUUGGGUUCAAUAGCACUCUGCUCUUUGUACUGCACAAUCAAGCACAACUGGAAGGACACAAUCAUAUUUAUAAUAAACCCAAUGUCGUUUAUCUUUUUAAUGUUGAGAAUUUUUUUCAUCUCUAAUGUAAUAUCUACUUGACAAACAUUCCUGAUAUUUAUUGAUUUUUAAGAGCAGGACAGAUGCCUAGACAAAUGACUGAAGAAAUGACAGAGCAAAAGAUCGACGAGACAGAGAUGAGAAAGCACAUACAGAAUCAUAUUUGAAACACCUUAAGAGAUCCUUAAAACCAUCGGUGGUGUGAUACAGUAUGAAAAGCCUCUCAUGCUUAAUCCAAAGCCACAUAACAAUUAUGUAUUGUUUCCCUUCUCUGCACUUAUUUAUUGAGGGACACAUCCCUCCUAAGCAUGAGACAGACACAGAACAUUGAUACAGCAUGAUAGAGUCGAUGGCAGAUGAGAGAAUGACUGUUAGAAAGAGUGAGUUAGCACUACAGUGUUGGUGAGAGAGAGAAAGAGAGAGAGAGAGAGAGAGAGAUGAGGAGCACGAGCUGUUUGAAGGUGCAGGACUCCCAUUAUCAUGUGCUGAAAUUAAUAAUAUAUUUGUGUUUGCUUGCUGUUCAGAUUUGUUUUUAUCACAAAAGAUCCAGUGAAGUUGAUAGAUUGUGUUGCUAUUUCAAUCAAUAUGCUUUUUAAAGAGGCUGUUGUGGUCCUGUUUAGUAAGUUAUUGUAUGUACACUUCAUUUUCAGGGGACCAAGCACCGGCAGUGUUUGAUCAUUUUCAUAUUCUUCUUGUGUUGGGGGAUUUUGUGACGUCCCUGGACCAAAUUUGACUUCUGUCUGUUAAAGUUUAUAGCAGCACACAGUUUAAUCUUCACUUAUCUUUUGCAUGUAACUGUUCAACCAUGGGGCAUAGUACCACAUUUUUGUGAUAACGUUUAUUUCACAGGAUUCACUUUGUCUUCUUGUUGUGAAAUCUGUCUCAUUGUCUAAGUUAUUUAAGUAUGAAUUCUUUGCGUCUCAUUUUGAUGCUUAAAUAACGCUUAAAUAAUGUUCUAUUGAAUUGAAUUGCCACUGUAAGCUUGGCUCCUUCAUUGCUGCUUUCAGCUAUAUUGCCAUACUGCAGUUGUUAUUCAGGUGGAGACCAAAGAUUCUUAAUCCAGGACGGUGUAAAUCAGUAUGAAAAACAAAAGCGUCAGACUGCACACAUGGACACACCAGAGUCUUUGUGAAUGCUGUAAAGCACACAUAUGAAAGAUUCAGCUAAGAUUUAUUUGUCUAACACAUUUUCAGUUUAAAGUGAUGUUGCUCUAUAAUAUGCUUAAUAUUAGUAUAAUCAAAUGAUUGUACCAGUGAAGGCUGAGGACAGCAGAUAAGGACAUACUGAUGCAUAUAAAGCUGUCUGUGAAUCAGAGCUGAACAAAUCGAGUCUUACACUGGUUGAGCGACAAGGUUGCCACAACAGAACACACAAACCUGUGGACAUUUAUUCUUUUAGCUUUGUUUUAUGUGUAAAACAUUUUGUAAACUGCCCACCACCAGAAGUGUACGCUGUAAUGUGAGGAGAAGGGUUAUCAGGAUUCUAAUACCAUCCUAACCCAAAAUCAUUUAUUUGUGUUCAAUAAUAUCAUUUUGUCUGUUAAUAAACAGUUUUUUAAAAA